AUGAAAGCGCUCGUCCUCGUGGGGGGGUACGGCACGCGGCUGCGGCCGCUCACGCUGUCGGUGCCAAAGCCUCUCAUCAACUUCUGCAACAAAUCCAUCGUCGAGUACCAAAUUCAGUCGCUCAAAAAGGCGGGCGUCACGUCCCUCAUUCUGGCGGUCGCGUACCAGCCGUCUGCGAUGAUGGAUGCCCUUAGUGCCCUCGAAGCCAAGUACGACAUGAAGAUCACCUGCUCCCUCGAAGACGAACCCCUGGGGACGGCUGGGCCAAUUCGGCUGGCGAAGGAUCUUCUUCUUUCGCCCACGCCCGCGCGGCGCCGCUGCAGCGACGGCGGCGCGCCGGAUGCGGCGGCGGAGGCGGUGGCGGGUGACGCAGAGAAGGAAGAGCGAGAGAAGUCCGAGGACUGCUUCUUCGUGUGCAACAGCGACGUCAUCUGCCCGUUUCCGCUCAAAGAAAUGCUCGCCUUCCACAAAGCCAGAGGCGCGGAAGGCACUAUUUUGGUGACAGAAGUCGAGAACCCGUCGAUGUACGGAGUCGUGCUUCACGACGAAGAGGGGCGGGUGUCAGACUUUGUUGAGAAGCCGCAGCAGUUCGUGGGCAGGUGCAUCAACGCAGGUCUGUACGUCCUGAACACCAGCGUCAUCGACCGCAUUCAGCUCCGGCCGACCUCGAUCGAGAAGGAGAUAUUCCCGCAAAUGGCCAAAGAGAAAAAACUUUUCUGCUUCAAACUCGACGGCUACUGGGCGGAUAUUGGACAGCCGAAAGAUUUCCUUAAAGGCAUGACGCUUCACCUGGAGGCGAUGCGGAAAGAAGAGGCGCAGCAGUCGACGCGGACAGACGCAGACGACCUCUCGCCUGCGACCUCUCCGCGGCUCGUCUCAGGCCCGCAGUUCAUCGGCAACGUCCUCGUGGAUCCAACAGCGAAGAUCGGCGCAGACUGCCUGAUCGGUCCAGACGUGACGAUUGACCGGGGCGUGGUCGUCGGGCGCGGCUGUCGCCUGCAGCGCGCGGCGCUUAUGGAGGGCGUCCGCGUCGGCGACUACACCUGGGUGGAGUCCGCGAUCGUCGGCUGGCAGUCGAGGAUCGGAAAAUGGUGUCGCAUCGAGGGAUUGACGGUCGUCGGCGAGGACGUGAGCAUCCGCAGCGAGUGCUUUAUCAAUGGCGCGUUUGUUUUGCCGCACAAGGGCAUCACGCAGUCGAUUCGAGAGCCUGGAAGCAUCAUCAUGUAG